AUGGGCAUAAGGCAAAUAUGGGAAAAAGGCAAAUAUGGGGAAAAGGCAAAUAUGGGAAAAAGGCAAAUAUGGGAAGAAGGCAAAUAUGGGAAGAAGGCAAAUAUGGGAAGAAGGCAAAUAUGGGAAGAAGGCAAAUAUGGGAAGAAGGCAAAUAUGGGAAGAAGGCAAAUAUGGGAAGAAGGCAAAUAUGGGAAGAAGGCAAAUAUGGGAGAAAGGCAAAUAUGGGAAGAAGGCAAAUAUGGGAAGAAGGCAAAUAAGGGGAAAAAAUCAAAUAUGGGAAAAAGGCAAAUGUGGGAAAAAUGCAAAUGUGGGAAAAACGCAAAUAUGGGAAAACGCCAAUAUGGGAAAACGCCAAUAUGGGAAAACGCCAAUAUGGGAAAACGCCAAUAUGGGAAAACGCCAAUAUGGGAAAACGCCAAUAUGGGAAAGACGCCAAUAUGGGAAAGACGCCAAUAUGGGAAAGACGCCAAUAUGGGAAAGACGCCAAUAUGGGAAAGACGCCAAUAUGGGAAAGACGCCAAUAUGGGAAAGACGCCAAUAUGGGAAAGACGCCAAUAUGGGAAAGACGCCAAUAUGGGAAAGACGCCAAUAUGGGAAAGACGCCAAUAUGGGAAAAACGCAAAUAUGGGAAAAACGCAUAUAUGGGAAAAACGCAAAUAUGGGAAAAACGCAAAUAUGGGAAAAACGCAAAUAUAG